AUGUUUGCCGGGAAGGCAUUGACCGGAGGAUUCGAGAUCACGACGCUUGCGUUGGGACUCUUGGCUCUAUCGGUUGUUUUCUUCGGCUUUCUUAUAGCUCUUGAUAUCGUUGAAGAACCAUCAGGAUAG